AUGGCGGUGCAGGAAUCAGCUGCUCAGCUCUCCAUGACCCUGAAGGUGCAGGAGUACCCGACCCUCAAGGUGCCCUACGAAACACUAAAUAAACGCUUUCGGGCUGCUCAGAAAAACAUUGAUCGAGAAACGAGCCACGUCACCAUGGUGGUGGCCGAGCUGGAGAAGACUUUGAGCAGCUGCCCUGCCGUGGACUCUGUGGUCAGCCUUCUGGAUGGUGUGGUGGAGAAGCUUAGUGUCCUCAAGAGGAAGGCGGUGGAGUCUAUCCAGGCGGAGGACGAGAGCGCCAAGCUGUGCAAGCGGCGGAUCGAGCACCUCAAGGAGCACAGCAGCGACCAGCCGGCAGCUGCCAGCAUGUGGAAGAGGAAGCGCAUGGACCGCAUGAUGGUGGAGCACCUGCUGCGCUGCGGCUACUACAACACCGCCGUGAAGCUGGCACGCCAGAGCGGUAUCGAGGACUUAGUGAACAUCGAGAUGUUCCUGACGGCCAAAGAAGUAGAGGAGUCCCUGGAGAGGCGGGAGACGGCCACCUGUCUGGCCUGGUGUCAUGACAACAAAUCCCGGCUGCGCAAGAUGAAGAGUUGCCUGGAGUUCAGCCUAAGGAUUCAGGAGUUCAUUGAGCUCAUCCGGCAGAAUAAGAGACUCGAUGCCGUGAGACAUGCGAGGAAGCACUUCAGUCAGGCCGAAGGGAGCCAGCUUGACGAGGUCCGUCAGGUGAUGGGCAUGCUGGCCUUCCCCCCGGACACGCACAUCUCGCCCUACAAGGACCUGCUGGACCCAGCCCGGUGGCGCAUGCUGAUCCAGCAGUUCCGCUACGACAACUACCGGCUGCACCAGCUGGGCAACAACUCUGUGUUCACCCUGACACUGCAGGCCGGCCUGUCGGCCAUAAAGACACCACAGUGCUACAAGGAGGACGGCAGCUCCAAGAGCCCCGACUGCCCCGUGUGCAGCCGUUCCCUGAACAAGCUGGCACAGCCCCUGCCCAUGGCCCACUGCGCCAACUCCCGCCUGGUCUGCAAGAUCUCCGGUGACGUGAUGAAUGAGAACAACCCGCCCAUGAUGCUGCCCAAUGGCUAUGUCUACGGCUACAACUCUCUGCUGUCCAUCCGUCAAGAUGACAAAGUCGUUUGUCCGAGGACCAAAGAAGUGUUCCACUUCUCCCAAGCCGAGAAGGUGUACAUCAUGUAG